AUGGUAGCAGCCGAAGAAGUUAAGCAAGUAGCGGAGAAAUUGGAAGAAACACACAUUGAAAGUGCCGAAGAAAACAACGAUCAAGUGACUGAAGACACCGGUGCAGGAUCAGAAGCAGCAGCCAAGAAGAAAAAGAAGAACAAGAAGAAGAAGAAGGGCCCCAAGACACAAACUGAGCCUCCAACUGUGCCUGUGUCUAAAAUAUACACCAAUAAAGUAUAUCCUGUAGGUGAAUGUCAUGAUUAUGUGAAUGAUAAUCUCUGGAGAACUACAAGCGAAGAAAAGCGUGCCGAAGAAAGACUAAAGGAAGAAGAUUACAAUGACUUGCGUAAAGCUGCUGAAGUUCAUCGUCAGGUGCGUGCAUACGCUAGAAAGAUGAUCAAGCCUGGCAUGACAUUGACCGAAAUCGCUGAACUAAUCGAAAAUGGGACUCGAUCACUUGUUGAAGAAAAUGGUCUUGAAGCUGGUAUCGGUUUCCCCACCGGCCUGUCAUUGAAUCACUGUGCUGCACAUUUUACACCCAAUGCAGGAGACAAGACCGUCUUGAGUUAUGACGAUGUGAUGAAGGUUGACUUUGGUGUCCAUGUUAAGGGAAGAAUUGUCGACUCAGCUUUCACAGUAAACUUUAAUCCCAAAUUUGAUAAACUUGUUGAAGCAGCUAGGGAAGCCACAUACGCUGGUAUUAAAGAAGCAGGGAUCGAUGUUAGAUUGUGUGAUAUUGGUGCUGCAGUACAUGAAGUCUAUGAUUCAUAUGAAAUUGAAUUGGAUGGAAAGACUUAUGAUAUCAAGCCUAUUCGCAAUCUGAAUGGCCACACCAUUGAGCCCUACAAAAUUCACGCAGGUAAAUCAGUGCCUAUCGUCCGAGACUCUGGUGAUGAGACGAAAUUGGAAGAAGGAGAGCAACUUGCUAUUGAAACUUUCUGUUCUACUGGUCGUGGUUAUGUCAUUGAAGAUGGUGAAUGCUCUCAUUAUGCUAAAUCAACAGAAUCAGGCUUUGUUCCUUUACGUCUAGCUAGAGCCAAGUCUCUGUUGAGCACGAUUACCAAAAACUUUGGUACUUUGCCCUUCUGUAGAAGAUAUCUUGACCGUAUAGGUGAAGAAAAGUACUUGAUGGGAUUAAGAAACUUGGUCGAUGCAGGUGUUGUCACUGCUUAUCCCCCACUUGUUGACACAAAGGGCUCUUAUACUGCUCAAUUGGAGCAUACCAUUUUGCUUAGACCCACCUGUAAAGAAAUUGUUUCUAAAGGCGAUGAUUAUUAA